AUGUCGUCUCCCGCAACCACCCCGCUGUCGGGGACUCCCACUAGCAAUGGCGCGAGCUUGCCUUCUCGUCCUCAGGCUAAGCUCUUUGCGAGCCAGGAUGGAAGCUCCGGCUCGGGCACCCCCAUCGGUUUCCAACGCUUCCCCCCUCACAACAAGCACUUAGAUCAUGCCGUUGGAAGUGCUUUGCGACAACCGUCCCCGCAGCCCACUCACCUGGGUAUUCCCGGUACCCCGCACCGUGUGCUCUCCGAGGAGGACCCGGGCUAUAUCGCGGCUACCUUCGAGGGCAAGCAAAAGCAGAUGGAACAAGUUAUGGACAUAUUGGAGGAGAAGGGCUUCUUCCCCAGUGACUUUGUCAUCUCCGAAACCACCUGGUUCUAUAACAAGCUUGGCAUCGACGAUACAUACUUCCAGACCGAGUCUGUGGAUGCUAUUGUGACCCAGAUUCUAUCCCUCUACGCCGCCAAAGUCGCCGCCUAUGCCCGCGAUGAUAAGCAGUUGGAGAUUCGUCUGGACAAAGAGGCCGAGGACCAUGCUGUCUACAUCGAUACCAGCAAGCCCGGUACGGUUUCUGUCGAUGGCCCACGCUACGAGCAGCGCAUCGACGAGAAGUACGUCAACCACUCCAAGGGUGCCAACAGUUACCGCGUGGAGACUUUCCGCUCGCCUAGCACUCUGCCAGGCGACAAUGGCCAGCAGCUCCGCUGCUACUUCGUGUACAAGUGCCUGUUUGCCAACCCCAACCCCUCACCGAAUGAGACCAACAUCGAUAUCAUUGGCGAGAAGCGCUUCCUGCAGAAGGCUACCCCCAACACCAAGGCGAUUUACCAGGAAAUUAUCGCCACCGCCGUUGGUCGCUCCGGUCCCGUCAUUGAGAUGUUCGAGAUCGAGGGAAGCCGGGAAAAGCGUCUGGUGAUUGCGUAUCGCCAGGGAUCCGCCAUGGGCUUGUUCAGUGCCCUGUCAGAUUUGUACCACUACUAUCGCUUGACCAGCUCGCGCAAGUACCUGGAGAAUUUCUCCAACGGAAUCACUGUGAUUUCGCUCUACCUGCGUCCCUCAGACAACUCCGAGAUCUCUGCCAAAUUCCCUCCCAUUGAGGCUGCUAUCCACCAGAUCAUGAAGGAGGUCUCCCUCUUGUACUGUAUCCCUCAGAACCGCUUCCAGGGCCACUUCGCCACUGGUCGUCUGAGCUUGCAGGAGACAAUCUACGCUCACUGCGCCUGGGUGUUCGUACAACAGUUCCUUAACCGUCUGGGUUCAGAAUACACCUCGUUGGCUGCUCUUUUGGACAGCAACAACAGUGUGCACGCAGAGUUGCUCUCAAAGAUCAAGAAGCGUUUGCGUACGGAGACAUUCACUGCUGAUUACAUCUUUGAGAUUAUCAACAAAUACCCCGAGCUGAUCCACAAGCUCUACCUUGACUUCGCCAACACCCACUACGUUCAGACCCAGGAGUCUGGUGAUGACUUCCUCCCCACCCUCAGUUACCUGCGUCUGCAGGUCGACGAGGUCCUCGAUGGUGCCAAGCUGAAGCAGCUCAUCCGUGGCACCGCCCUCAACGAGCACGACGAGAUGGUUAUGACCUCCUUCCGCGUGUUCAACGCCUCCAUCCUCAAAACCAACUUCUUCACCCCGACCAAGGUGGCUCUCAGCUUCCGCUUGAAGCCGGACUUCUUGCCAGAGCACGAAUACCCCCAGCCCCUAUACGGCAUGUUCCUUGUCAUCAGCUCCGAGUUCCGCGGUUUCCACCUGCGGUUCCGUGACAUUGCUCGUGGCGGUAUCCGUAUCGUCAAGAGUCGAAACGGCGAAGCAUACAACAUCAACGCUCGUUCGUUGUUCGAUGAGAACUACAACUUGGCCAAUACCCAACAGCGCAAGAACAAGGAUAUCCCCGAAGGCGGUGCCAAGGGUGUCAUCCUCUUGGAUGCUGACCACCAGGACAAGGCGCGGGUCGCCUUCGAGAAGUACAUUGACAGUAUUCUCGAUCUGCUCCUGCCCCCCGUCAGCCCCGGUAUCAAGGAUCCGAUCGUUGACCUGCAUGGUAAGGACGAGAUUCUCUUCAUGGGCCCCGACGAGAACACCGCUGAGCUCGUCAACUGGGCCACCGAGCACGCUCGCGGCCGUGGAGCUCCCUGGUGGAAGUCGUUCUUCACUGGCAAGAGCCCUAAGCUGGGUGGUAUUCCCCACGAUGCUUACGGCAUGACUACCCUCUCGGUCCGUCAGUACGUGCUCGGAAUUCAGCGCAAGCUGAACAUCGACCCCUCUACACAGCUCAAGCUGCAGACCGGUGGUCCCGACGGUGAUCUUGGAUCCAACGAGAUUCUUCUCUCCAACGAGAAGUACGGAGCCAUUGUUGAUGGGGCCGGUGUGAUCUACGACCCGAACGGUCUUAACCACGCAGAGCUCCUUCGCCUGGCCAAGAAGCGCGCGAUGAUUUCAGAGUUCGACUUGACAAAGCUGUCCCCCGAGGGCUACCGCGUCCUGGUCGACGAGAAGAACGUCAAGCUCCCUAGCGGCGAGGUCGUCCACAACGGCAUGAUCUUCCGUAACACAUACCACCUGCGCUCACAGGAGAAGUUCGACGUGUUCGUGCCCUGCGGUGGCCGCCCCGAGUCCAUCGACCUUGCAACCGUCGGCAAGCUCAUCAGGGACAACAAGUCUGUCAUCCCCUUCAUCGUCGAAGGUGCCAACCUGUUCAUCACCCAGGACGCCAAGCUGCGCCUCGAGAAGGCCGGCUGCAUCCUGUACAAGGAUGCCUCUGCUAACAAGGGUGGUGUGACAUCUUCCUCCCUGGAAGUCCUCGCGUCGCUGUCUUUCAACGACGAGGAGUUCGUCGAGAACAUGUGCAUCCGGGAGGACGGCACCGUCCCCGACUUUUACAAGGAAUACGUCCGUGACGUGCAGGAUGUCAUCAAGUCGAACGCCGCUCUCGAGUUCGAGGCCAUCUGGCGCGAACACGAGCAGACUGGUGUGCUUCGCAGUGUACUCAGUGAUCGUCUCAGCUUGGCCAUCACCAAGCUGGACGAGGAACUUCAGAUGACUGAGCUCUGGGACAAUGUUGCGCUCCGUCGCUCUGUUCUUAGCGAUGCUCUGCCCCGUCGUCUGUUGGAGAAGAUCGGUCUGGAAACCAUCCUGGAACGUGUCCCUGAGAACUACCUCCGUGCCAUCUUCGGCAGCUACCUGGCCAGCCGCUUCGUGUACGAGUACGGCAACCGGCCUAGCCAGUUCUCCUUCUUUGACUUCAUGACCAAGCGCAUGGCUAAGCUUCAGUCGUAA